UUUUAUGAUGAAGGUGGAGGAUUAAAACUCUUCACAGGACUGAACGGAAUCGUCACGCUGGCAGUCGAGCUUUAAAAUAAAAAUGACUAUUUUUGAAGUUAGCAACCGGCUAAUGGAAAGCGCAGUGGAGAAAAUAAUGAGCGAAAAUUUGACGUUCACGAUUCUCGCGAUGUCAGCUUUCACCCUCACCCUGGCGUAUUUAUUUAAAAUGGUGUUCAAACAGCAACAGCCGCAGGAUAAAGAUGACGGCCAUAAAUAUCCCCCGUACAUCCCGUCCAGUUUGCCGUUCCUGGGUCACGCCAUCGCUUUCGGAAAAAGCCCCAUCGACUUCCUGGAAAACGCGUACAAGAAGUAUGGACCCGUGUUCAGCUUUACGAUGGUGGGGAAGACAUUCACCUAUCUGGUUGGAAGUGAAGCAUCUGCUCUGAUGUUCAACAGUAAAAACGAAGACCUGAACGCUGAGGAUGUUUAUUCACAACUGACCACGCCCGUGUUCGGCAAAGGAGUCGCCUAUGACGUCCCAAACCACGUGUUCCUGGAGCAGAAGAAGAUGUUGAAGACGGGGCUGAAUGUGGCUCGCUUUAAGCAGCAUGUACAGCUCAUUGAAGAAGAAACGAGGCAGUAUUUCCUCCGCUGGGGGGAUAGCGGGGAGAAAAAUCUGUUUGAGGCUCUGAGUGAGCUGAUCAUCCUCACGGCGAGUCGCUGUCUGCACGGCGUGGAGAUCCGCAGCGUUCUCACUGAGAGUGUUGCUCAGCUUUACACUGACCUCGAUGGAGGAUUUACCCACGCUGCCUGGAUAUUACCUCCUUGGAUUCCUUUGCCAAGCUUCAGGCAGCGAGACCGCGCUCACAAAGCGAUAAAACAAAUCUUUUACGAAGUGAUCGAGAAACGCAGGAAGAGUGCAGAGAAAGAGGAGGACAUCCUACAGACCCUCAUCGACGCCACAUACAAAGAUGGCCGUGCUCUGAAUGAUGACGAGAUUUCAGGGAUGCUGAUAGGUCUGUUGUUGGCGGGUCAGCACACUUCGUCCACCACCAGCGCAUGGCUAGGGUUCUUCCUGGCGCAAGACUCUGCGCUGCAGAAAAGCUGCUACAAUGAACAGAAACAAGUGUGUGGAGAAAACCUGCCAGCCAUCACAUACGAACAGCUGAAGGACCUGAACCUGCUCGACCGCUGUCUGAAGGAAACUCUGAGGCUCCGCCCCCCCAUCAUGACCAUGAUGAGAAUGGCUCGAACUCCUCAGAAGGUUGGAGAUUACACCAUCCCUGCAGGACACCAGGUGUGCGUGUCACCCACAGUAAACCAUCGACUCCAGGACACCUGGAAUCAUCGAAUGGACUUUGACCCUGAUCGUUAUCUUGGUGAUAACCCCGCUGCUGCAGAAAAAUUCGCCUACAUCCCAUUCGGAGCAGGCCGUCACCGGUGCAUCGGGGAGAACUUCGCCUACGUGCAGAUUAAGACAAUUUGGUCGACAUUGUUGCGUUUGUUUGAGUUCGAGCUGGUGGAUGGUUAUUUUCCCACUGUGAAUUACACCACCAUGAUACACACCCCCAACAACCCCAUCAUUAGAUACAGACGGAGGACAUAACACACACCAUGAUGCAACACUGACAGAUGGAGGCCUGGAAUAACACCCAGGAUGUUCUGUCAUCAGUAACAUAGAGAAAGCAGUGAUCGAGAGCAACACAAACACACCCUCUCUCUCUCUCUCUCCCUCUCUCUCACUGUCUCCACAGUGAUGCUAUUUGUAAAUAAAUAGUUUUAUAAAUAUAUACAAAUCAAUUAUGAAACUUUGUUGAACUGUGAAAAUAAUGUAAAUGUUCAGUUAAAACUAGAGACGCCCCGAUACUAAAUUUCUCAGCCGAUAACGAUAAGCGAUUAUUCAGAGUGAUAACGGCCGAUACCGAUAGUUCUGCUUUUUAUGCCUUCUUAUAAAUGAAUAAUAAUUAAUUCCACAAUUCUGAAAGAAAUGACAAUAAAAACUUUAUUCUCUCCAUUUCA